AAGAAUUUGAUGUUACCUUUGUUUAUUUGUCUGAAAAAAAAAAAAAAAAAAACCCCGGCUGAUGCCUCUUAUUGACCCCCUCAAUUUGUCAAUCCAAUCAACUUAUGGGUCUUUAUAAAUCUCCACAUUUGAUGCUUAGCGUUACGGUAACAAUAACAAUUAGCUAAUGGCAGCCCAAGAUUCUUGAACAAACAAAGAAAAGAAAAGAAGACAAAAUGGAAGUGAAAGCAAGAGCUCCAGGGAAAAUCAUUCUUUCUGGUGAACAUGCAGUUGUUCAUGGAUCCACUGCUGUUGCUGCAUCCAUUGGUCUGUGCACCUAUGUUUCCCUUCAAGUUCCCCCUUCUAAUGAGAAUGAUGAUAGACUGACACUCCAGCUCAAGGAUAUGGCUUUAGAAUUUUCAUGGCCAAUUGGAAGAAUCAAAGAAGCACUAUCUAGCUUAGGAGGUCCUUUCCCAUCAACUCCCACGUCCUGCUCAGCAGAAUCAUUCAAGUUAAUUUUAGCUUUGAUAGAAGAGAAAACUAUUCUGGAGGCAAAAAUAUCUCUUGCUUCUGGAGUGUCUGCAUUUCUGUGGCUAUACACAUCAAUCCUAGGAUUUAAACCCGCUACUGUAGUUGUCACUUCUGACCUUCCACUGGGUUCCGGCCUAGGUUCAUCUGCUGCACUCUGUGUUGCAUUCUCUGCAGCUCUUCUUGCAUGCUCAGACACUGUGAACAUAGACAUGAAACAAGAAGGGUGGUUAGUGUUUGGGGAGUCUGAGCUUGAAUUAUUGAACAAAUGGGCUUUUGAAGGUGAAAAGAUAAUUCAUGGAAAGCCAUCUGGGAUUGACAACACUGUUAGCACAUAUGGCAACAUGAUCAAGUUCAGGUCAGGUAAUCUAACACGCAUCAAGUCCAGCAUGCCACUCAAAAUGCUCAUUACUAACACAAAAGUUGGGAGGAACACAAAAGCAUUGGUUGCUGGAGUUUCAGAGAGAACCUUAAGAAACCCUGAUGCCAUGAGUUCUGUUUUUAAUGCUGUUGAUUCCAUCAGUAAGGAAUUGGCUAAUGUCAUCCAGACACCUGCUUCAGAUGAUCUGUCCAUAACUGCAAAGGAAGAGAAGCUAGAAGAGUUAAUGGAAAUGAAUCAGGGUUUGCUCCAAUGCAUGGGGGUAAGCCAUGCUUCUAUAGAAACUGUUCUUCGAACCACAUUGAAAUACAAGUUAGCUUCUAAGUUGACUGGAGCUGGGGGUGGUGGCUGCGUGCUGACACUGUUGCCUACCUUACUGUCAGGAACGAUUGUAGAUAAAGUAAUUGCCGAGCUAGAGUCUUGCGGAUUCCAAUGUUUGAUUGCUGGAAUUGGUGGGAACGGUGCUGAGAUUUGCUUCAGUGCUUCUUCCUGAUUAUAGAAAGGAAGGGAAAUAAAUUCGAGUAAGAUCUGAUCUCUAAUGUCAAUUGUCAAAUAACAGCUUAAAAAUGUAUGUUUUGCUAUUCAAACUCUUCAUCUAUGUCUACUAUACAUUAGUUUGUUGUUGUAUCUUUUUCCCUUUGUUUGAGUUAGUCCAAACUUCUUUGAUGUUUUGGGAU